UAUGGCUCCAGCCGCACAUACAGCCAUAGUGAAGCAAGCUGGUGGAAAGGUCCACAUAGAGCCAUGAGAGCCCAAGAGGAGCAUGAGCUUCCCUUUCAGACAGGUGCCCGAGUUCGGGUCCUUCGCUUUGUGCUGCCAGGGGCGAAGGCCCGCGGCCGAGCUCAAAGAGGUUUGCGGCCACAAAAGAUGGCGAUGCCGAGAGCUGCUCGCCUGCCAGCGGGAGAAGGUGGCCAAAGCGCCAGAGAUAGCCUCCGAAGUGGUGCCAGGCGUCAUGGAGAUGAGGGGCUACUUCGAGCACCUCAUGGGCUGGUACCUCACAGGAGAGAUCCCAGACCCAGUCUUCCUGGACAUUGAGCACAUUCUUCCGCCCAUUUUCCUGGCCAUGGCCACGGACAUUUCUCGCCAUGGUCGUGACCAUGAGCUGAGGGUGCUUGAUGUGGGCGCUUUCGCAGGUGCUGUAAGCUGCGCCUGCCUCGCUUUCUGGGAUGCCAUGAAGUCCACAAUCUCGCAGUGGACUGGUGAAGCAAGCCAUCCGCUGCCGGAGCUUCGCGUCACCGCGCUGGAGCCGAGCCGCGACCGCUGCGCUGCGCUCAACGGCGAGGCCAGCCCCAUGCCGGACCUUUGCCGGCACCAAAACCGGAGCCGAGGGCGCUUGAGCGCCGUUUGUGUGGCAGCGUCGUCUCAGAACUCUGAGGCUGUGAUGCAGUGCCCCAACGGGAUGAGCUAUUUGGCGGACUCGCCGACAAGCCAGGCCUCGCAGUCUGACUGUGGCGAGCCCUUCACGGUGCGCACCGUGACGCUGGAUGCGCUGACGAAGGAUCUGGAAAUUGAGGUGGACCUGCUGAAGAUUGAUGCGGAGGGCCACGACUUUGAGGUGCUCCUAGGAGCCAGCGCGCUGCUCUCGGCGAAGCGCCUGCGCUUUGUCAUCUUUGAGGCCUGUGGCGCCGACUGCCCGGUGGAUGGGGAGUCGCAAACCCUUGCCACCAUCAACUUUCUCAGUGACCGCGGGUAUGUGUGCUACAUGAUCGCGCCGGAGAUGCUGGUCCCUGUCACAGGUGUAUGGCUCUCGAACCUCUACCAGCUCACCAGGCAUGCCUUCAACGUGCUUUGCGCGCAGCGACAGGAGCCCUUGCUGCCAGAUAUCAUCGAGCUGUAUAGCCGUGUGCCACGUGCGGCGCAGUUCGCACUGGCCAGCCUGGGCGCCGAGUCCACACGCGCAGCCAUGGCUUUGUCGGAUGCUGAGCUGCGGCGCAGGGCAAUCCGCGCGGAGGAGUUUUUCGAGGGGCUCUACCAACGGGUCUUGGAGUCCUGGACGCUGCCCCACGUGCGCUUUGUGCGUGCGCGGCAGCUGCAAGCAGCGGGCCAGGUGGAGCUAGCUUUGCCUCUAUAUGAGGGCCUGGAGAGACAAUGCUGUCGAGAACCAGCUACGUUUCAAGCCCAAAGAGAGUUCUACCGACUGCGUGAGGACCACCUUGGGAUCUUCCUGACAGAUGCAGAAGCGCUGCGUCGCAGCAAUGGCACGGGCUUCGUUGUACCAGGCGUUCGAGCUAGUGGAGCGCUUCACGAGAUCGUGUGGUAUCACCGGCGUCCAGGGUCCGGGGUUCCUUUCGACCAAGAACACUUCUGCAAGGCCCAGCAAUGGCUGCUGCCAUUGGCCAAUGCUGGGGAUGCCUUGGCCGCACUGGACGUGGGCUACAUCAGCCACUUCGGACUGUGCACCGGAAGGAUGACGCGGCAAUCCUGGGCGGAGGGGAGCAGCUGGUACCGCCGGGCUGCAGCGCUGGAUAGACCUCGGAAGGGUGUCAUGGGCGCAUGGGGCAUACAGGCCAUGGAGCUCCUCACGAACACGCAGCUGGGAUUGAACAGCCAUCGGCUGAGCUGAG